AUAGCAACUCUAAAAUAUUAUUUUUAAGACAGUCUACGAUAAAAUUGACAUAAGUUCAAUGAAGACAGAGAGUGUGGCGCAAAACAUUCCGUUCGUCGGCAGAAAGCGAAGUCUGAUCGAAGAUGCCCGGAAAGAGCGCGCCAGCGGUUCAUCUUCCCCUGGCCCAUCGCGGGGCGGUGAAAACUUUGUGUUUGAGGAAAAGGAAGGAACAGUGACACUGAACAUUCUUUUCGCACUCAGCCAUGAGAAGAAUGCAGGGUUCUUUAAAACUGGCAAAGUCUUUGAGGUAAGGAAAACAUGUGCAUCAUUAGAUAUGAGUUGCAGAUGGAGAGCUUCAAUAAAAUCAGGUCUACGGCAUCGAUUCAACGUGAUAAAAUAUACAUGUGUUUGCUUAUAUAUGAUAUGUAUGUCUUUACCAUGGAUUCAGACGUUUGAAGCUAAGCUUUUGCAUAUUGAGAGCCGACCAGGGAGGAAGUCUAAGAACAGUGGCUGUGAUGAUCUGGAGUUCUUUAUGAGGUGUGAAGUGCACAUCUCGGACACAGACAUCUUCAUCAACUCACUCAAGAGAGUCGCGGACGACGUACGCACCAUCCCAGAGGAGAAAGUUCCCUGGUUCCCCAGAAAGAUCAGAGAUCUGGAUAAAUGCAACCUGUUGAUAACGAAAUAUGACCCAGAUAUGGACCAGGAUCAUCCAGGAUUCAGUGAUCCAGAAUACAGAAAAAGAAGGUGCUUCAUCGCUGAACUUGCAGCAAAUUACAGACAGGGGGAACCAUUACCCAGAGUGGAGUACACACCAGAGGAGGUGGCCACAUGGAAAGAGGUGUACCGGACCCUGAGGACCAUCUAUCCUGACCUGGCAUGUAGACAGUUCCUGGGUGGGCUGCAGCAGCUGGAGAGGGAGUGUGGCUACGGAGAGGACAGUAUCCCCCAGCUCCAGGAGGUCUCUGCCUUCCUCAGAGAGAAGACAGGCUUCCAGCUGCGUCCGGUGGCAGGGCUACUCUCCGCCAGAGACUUCCUAGCUAGCCUGGCCUUCAGAGUGUUCCAGUGUACCCAGUACAUCCGCCACGCCUCCGCACCCAUGCACUCCCCGGAGCCAGAUUGCUGUCAUGAGUUACUCGGCCAUAUUCCUAUGCUUGCAGACAAAGAAUUUGCCCAGUUUUCCCAGGAAAUUGGCCUAGCCUCACUGGGAGCAUCAGACGAGGAUAUUGAGAGACUCUCAACUUUGUACUGGUUCACGGUGGAGUUUGGACUGUGUAAGCAGAAUGGAACUGUGAAGGCAUAUGGUGCCGGCCUCCUGUCCUCAUAUGGAGAACUCAUUUAUGCUCUCUCUAACGAACCUGAGUACAAGCCAUUCAACCCAGAGGAGACAGCAAUCCAGCCUUACCAGGACCAGACUUUCCAACCUGUCUACUUUGUCUCAGAAAGCUUUGAGGAUGCCAAGAUUAAGAUGAGGCGGUACUCGUCGUCCAUCCAACGGCCCUUCUCUGUCCGGUACGACCCAUUCACUUGCAGCCUGGAGGUUCUGGACCAACCCAGUAAGAUCCAGCAUGCCCUAGGCCAGAUGAGAGACGACCUGAAGAUACUCCACAGUGCCCUGGAGAAAUUGGGCUGAGGGCCUCAACACUGAGCCAGAUACUCAGGGAGUGAAACUGAUACAUACCUCUGGAGGGGUGGAAAGGGGAAGCCAUUUUGGGUCUUUAAAGGUGCAAUCUGUCAUUUCUCUGUGUGGCCAUGGGGCCAAAUGCACAAACAAUCAAUGCUCAAAUUGCACAAAAUACAGUAGUUCCAUUUAAGGCAAUCAGUUGAAUAUCCACCUCUUCAAUCCUGCUGGGCUAAUACUUGCAUUAUUAUUAUUGUAUUUUUUAGAGACUAAACUAGAUUUAGCAUUUAAAAAUGGAUAGAUGUGAAAUACUGUGUAUAUAUUUAGUUAACUGAAAAACAUCAUUUAUAUUUACGUGCAAGAUUCAUUAAUAUUUCCUUGUUGGGUGCAUGUAUUGAUAUGUACAGUGACGUUAUACAUGUAUUGUGAUGAGAAUGUACAAAGUAAUACAUUUUAUUUUUUUCAGUCCAAUCACAAAGGGCAUGAAAGAGAGAGACACACACAUGGGGGUAGGAAAUGUACAGGCUGAAUAUGUCAGAGAAUGUUUAUCUUAGUAGAGAGAUUACAGAGAAAAACUUUAGAAUGCAUGUGUAAAAUAGUGAUCAGAAAGAGAGUAUGGACGGAGAUCAAGAAAAGAGACAAAAAAGUAUCAAGUCUGUGCAUUUGCGUUUGAGAGAGCAAGCGAGCAAGAGACAGAGCGAGAGGGAACAUGAACAUCAAAGAGGGUGGGAGUACUACAAUAUAAGCCCAUGUGCCACUGCCUCCCAUUCCAAACCAACUGUUUCCAUGUAGAAAAUUCUUGGAACCCAUUUGUCUUCACGUGUUAUUAAGUAAAGGGAAGGAGCUAAUUAUGAAUGAUUUAAAUAUCAUGUUUCCUCAGCUGGCUACUGUCAGAGCCAGUACUGAGGCCCAGUGGAUCUAAAGCUGGACCUGGUCACACAGACCUCACAGUAUAACACUACACGGUCAGUAGGGUUUCACAACUGGCAUGAUAAAC